CCCUAACGCCAACCCGACAUAUAUAUUUGAUAAAAAUUGAAAACUGAAGAUAAGAACAAAAAUAAUAUUUGUUCAUUACAUUUUCAUCGGAAUUGUGUAAUAUAAAACUGUUUGUGCGAAAGACACGUAUUCUUUUCACAUAACCUAUAUUGCUAGUGUGUACAUAAACAUAAAAUCCUUCAUAGAUUAUGUAGAAAAUGACUUUUAAUAUACAGUAUGUUUAAUUUGUGACAUUAAACCUACAAAAAAGUGUAGAGAAAAAAUUCAUAAUGGGAAUUCCUGGGCUAACUACUUAUAUAAAUAAUCGUUCUGACCGUUAUUUGGAGUAUUAUGAACUGCACAAUACAUAUUUGGUAAUCGAUGGAAACAGUGUUUGUUGUUCAAUAUAUAAUUUGUACGCAAAAUGUAAUUGUGCAUUUGGUGGUGAUUAUGAUAAUUAUGCGCAGUGUGUAUCAGACUUCUUUAAUGAUUUAUUAAGAUGUAAAAUAACACCUCUGGUUUUAUUUGAUGGUGGUAGAGAAAAUAAAAAAUUUAGAACUGUUAUAAAAAGAACUAAACAGAAAAUUCGUGCUGCAUGGUCAUUUUCUCCAAUCAAUCAAAGGAACAUGAAAUUUUUUCCUUUAAUGUUACAUGAAGUUUUUAUAGAUGUAAUAAGAGAAAAGAAUAUUAGACAUGUGCAAUGCCUAUUCGAAGCUGAUAAUGACAUAGCAUCAGUAGCAAGGAUCUUGAAUUGUCCAGUACUCAGUUAUGACUCUGACUUUUAUAUAUAUGGAACAUUAUAUAUACCAUUUGAUACAUUAGAUACUUAUGUAGUUAAAAAUCCAAAUGGAAAUGGUUACAUGAAAUGCUGUAAAAUUUACAAAGUUGAGAACUUGCUUAAAUCUUUUAAAGGACUACAUCAAUCAAUGUUGCCACUGGCUGCAAUAUUACUAGGUUUUUCAAAAGAUUAUGUUGUUCAUGUAAAUACAUAUCAUUUGAAUAGAAGUUUUAAAUUUGAUGGAGAUAUCAGUUCAUUGACAUACAUAGAAGAAGUUUGCGAAGAAGAAAAUAAUGAAUCAAGCGGAGAAGAAGAUGAAGAUGAUAAAAUUGAAAUAUCAAAUACAUAUAGUAAGACUGAAGUUGUUAGUAAAUUGCCUAUGUGGUUUGUAAAUGAAUUUCUUAUGGGCAGAUAUCCAAAAUAUUUUAUGGAUUUAAUAGUUCGAUAUAUAUAUGUUUGUCCUGUACAGGUGGAAGAUUAUCGUUAUCCUUCAAGUAUCAUAGUAAGCUUAAAAAUUAUUAGUGUUAUAUUUGGGAUUUUAAAAUCAGCAAUAAUUAGUAGAAUAUGUUAUAUGAAAUAUAUGGUGAGAACACAAAAUAAAAAGAUUAUAUGCUGUAAGUUACAUAGUGCAGAGGCUAUGAAUAAUUUUAGACUACCUUCCUUAUUCAAUCUUAGAGAUAUCUCAUCACUUACUCAAAGACAGAUUUUAAACAAUACUUUAGGAAUUACAGAUAUGGAUUGUAUAAAUGAACUUCCACCAGAAUGGAUGUUGUAUAUUGGAUGUAUUAAAUAUUGGAUACAUCAAGAAGAAUGUUCUUUAUCUCAUGAAUGUUAUUUAUAUUCUAUAUUUAUUUGUAUGUUAUUUAACAUAGUCGAUUCCAAAAUUGGAAGGUACAGAAGCAUGUAUACUUUUCAGAAAAGAUAUUGUCAAUUAAUUGAAACUGUGAAGCAACAUAGGAAAAAGAACAAUUGUGAUUCAUGUUAUACAAUGAAUCAAUUAUGUGGUAAUCAAUACAAUGGUACAAUCAUAGAAGCCUAUAAUGAAAUUGACUAUAAUGACUGUUUAUUAGCAGCACCAUUCUUUAUCUCUUAUUUUAAUAUGAAUAAAGAAUUAUAUAAGAAUCCAAAAAAAUUUGAUAGAUUUGCUGUACAUGUAUUUGCAGAGUUUCAAAGUUGUCUGAGACAUAUUAUGGAUUUGAAUACACUUUUGGGAUGUCCUUAUCCACAGCCCAAAGUUGCAAAUUUAUUUAAUGGUACUUUAUUGUAUAAUCUGAGUAAUAAUUUUAAAACACGCUAUAAUAUUGAACAAUAUAUAAAUAUUGUUCUACAAAUGUCUCCAAGUCUCUUAAGAUUUUUUAAUACAUUUUUAUUAAAAGUCAAACCAAUGUUUUCAUUUAAGUUUCAGGAUGGAACCAAUCUUCGUAAAAAGCAUAGAAAAAAACCUAAACAUCCAAAGUUUAAAAAAAGCAUUUCACCUGAAAGUGAUUCUGAAUAUUUUAGUGCAGAUGAUGAUUUAAAUGAAGCAUGUUAUGACCCAAAUAAUCGUUUUUCUAUGUUCAACCAUGUAUAAUGCAUAUUUUCAUUCAAUAUUACAGUAGUACUCCAUUUAUAUACCGGGGGUAAAUAUUAUUUUUUUUUUUUUUUUUUUUUUUUUUUUUUUUUCAUA